UGAGAUCAGCCGUGUCAGAGAGAGUAAUCCCGCAGAGUGGAAACAGCCACAGAUCCCACCCGUCCGACUGGAAUAUUAAAGCUUUAUUCUCCUCCCCACGUUGCCAGAGUGGGCGAGUAAGUGGGCGCAUAUCCCGUGUGUCACGCAAUAACUAGUUGUAGUGAUUUAAAGAAUCUGUCUGGUCGAGGGGGUGAGGGGGGGUGACCGGCUUAACGCGCACCGGACGCGCAAAAUGAAGGAGGAGGAUGGGUACGAGCGCAGCGCACUGACACAGACUCUCCAAGAGUUUGCGAAGAACAUGACGGGAUGUGAGCUGAACUCUCGGUAGAAUGGCCCCUCAUCUCACAUGGAUCUCUGAGGGAUGGCGACUUUCCACCACCACCACCACCAUCAUCAUCACCAUCAUCCCAGUGCGGACCUGCGCCGGCUCUUCCACCGGCUCACCAUCGCGUCCUCUCUGAGCAUCCUCUGCUUCUCUUUGGUGUAUCUCCUCACCGGGUGUUGUGAGUCGGAGCUCACGGAGAACUUUGAGAUCAAACCGGCAGCGCGUGAGUUCCUCGUAUCUGGAGGAUGGACGCACGAGAGGAACGGAACCGUGUCCAGAGGCGAGGACGCGGCGGUUGGCGAAGGCGCGUUAAGUGGUCAUCCCGGACUGGAGGCGAACAGUACGGGUAAAGAGUGGACCGCCACAAGGAGGUUACCCCAGGCACUGAUCAUUGGGGUUAAAAAAGGAGGCACCAGGGCUCUGCUGGAGUUCCUGCGUCUCCACCCGGACAUCCGCGCUCUUGGGUCGGAACCACAUUUCUUUGACCGGCAUUACGCACGGGGACUGGAGUGGUACAGAAGUAUGAUGCCCAAAGCCCUGGAAGGCCAGAUUGUUAUGGAGAAGACCCCUCGCUACUUUGUUACCGUGGAAACACCGGCUCGAGUCCAUGCUAUGUCGCAGGACGUUAAGCUGAUUGUGGUCGUGCGAGACCCUGUAACCAGAGCCAUAUCUGACUAUACACAGAUCAUUUCCAAAACGCCUGACAUCCCUCCAUUUGAGAGCCUCGCCUUCAAGAACCGCACCACAGGUCAGAUCGACUCUCUGUGGAGCCCAUUGUGGAUCGGCCUGUAUGCCCAGCACCUGGAGCGCUGGCUGGCCUGGUUCCCCAGGACUCAAAUCCAUCUGGUCAGCGGGGAGAGGCUCAUCUCCGACCCAGCUGGAGAACUGGGUAAAGUCCAGGACUUUCUGGGCCUCCAGAGGAUUGUCACAGACAAGCACUUCUACUUCAAUAAAACAAAAGGCUUCCCCUGCUUAAAGAAACCAGAGGGCAGCAGCAAACCUCACUGCCUGGGGAAAACGAAAGGGAGGACUCAUGCUUCUAUUGACCCGGAGGUGAUGCAGAGACUGAGGGAUUUCUACAAGCCACACAACCAGCGCUUUUAUCAGAUGGCAGGUCAGGACUUUGGAUGGCAGUGACCUUCUGCUGCUGCUAAAAGCCUGUGCAAAUCAUCCAUCUGAUCUAGACAGAUGCAGAGAGUAUAAAAGAUCCAGAGAGGAGCCUAUUGUCUGGCAGAACAGGAUCUCACAAACUGGGCAACGGAAAUCCAGUGUCAAUACACUCACCUUUAACAAAUGAUCAUCUUGUUCAUGUGUAAAAGACAACAGUGUGAGUUUAUAGAUGUCCAGUACAGGUGCUUCAUCACAUAUCUCACCACUUAUUCCUAUGUCAGGUGGUCACAUAAAGCAACGGGACAAAAGUGUCUAAAAAGAUUUGCUGGUGGAUAUACAUUACAGCUGUAAAAAAAAAAA